UGAUUUGAGUUCACGUUUCCGGACGGAAAUAUAUGAAGUUGGAACCCGCCAAUUUCCAAACACUUUUGAAAAAACGGCUCGUUUUUCGGGGGAAAGCGUAUAAAAUUGAAAUGAAAUCUAAACUACCGGUUAAAAGAUCACUCCGUCUGGAAGAUCCCGAAAUAGAAAAACAGAAUGGAACAACACCAGUUAAAAAACAAUGCUUGCCCGGUUACUGGAAAGCGUUUUCUCCCACGACAGGAACCUGUCAGAUGAGUCCAGCUCAUCCCUGUCCCACGUCUGCCGGGAAAAGAAAAGGUUCUUCUGAUAACAAUGGAAAUACUGCUGAUUGUUUAAAAAAACAGAUGUCCGUGACACAAACAGAAAGGUUAAGAACUGCAUUGCAAGCAUCAGCUAAGAAUUUUCUCAAGGCUAGGGAACAGCUGGAAAUGCUACUGCCUGUAGAGGGCAGCUGUGAGCUGGAAAGUUUCUUCUCAAGAGAGUCUGCUGACCUACAGGCUGAACUCCACAGACACAGGGACCUGAUUGCCCAAAUGGAAGAAUAUCUCAAUAAGAAUGGAAUUCACCUGUCAAGGCUGAAAGAUUCUAUUCAGCAUGGCAGCUCCUAUGAUUUCCUAAAAUCAGUCAUGAAUUAAGCUUACAGAACAAUGAAGAGGGAACGGUGUAUUGGUUCUUAAUUUAAAUGUAUAGUAUUACAUACAGUAUGUAUGCAAGACUGCGUCAGACAGUACAACAAGUGUCAAUUUUACCAGGUCUGGAAAAACAAUCAAAAUGAGGAUCUUAAGUAUAAAGGUUUUUAAUUAGGCAGUAACUGGAUUAUUGAGCAAUUUGAAAGGGGAUGUUAGUCGUACCAAGCUGUAGCAAAGUGUGUGGUAAAACGUUUUUGGAGUGCUUGUGGGGUGCAGCCGCCGGACCUAUGCAACAGCUGGUCUUGCACAGAAACAUUUCCUAUUUCUGCCCAAGGUAGAUCAUAUAGCUCUCACUUUAUCACCCUUAGAGGCCAUCUGAAGGACAAAGCACAUACAUCCAUAAUCAAAACUAAUGUUUUUAUAUAGCAGGCUGGAGGCACAAAAACUCUGCCAGGCAUCCCUUGUGAAUGUGACAAGGCGAAAGCAAGCUGUGACGAGUCAUCCCUUUAGUGACCAACGCUAACCUCUUGCCAUUCAUUUACAGUGGAAAGUAAAGCUUCCUCGCUCUGCUGACAUCUUUCCUCUUGAAUUCCUCCUUUGCUGUGGGUCACAAUUCCACGUAUGCAGUUUUCCAAAGCAGUUAAGGACACUGAAUCCCACUGCACUGCCCUAGUCUGUGUUCUCUGCAAUUUUAAAACCCACAGAAUAACUGGAGGGUAGAAGCAGAUGAACGUACAUAGGCUCCUUUGUGACCUGAUAACAUUUAUAGUUGUAAUGGAUUUUUUUUAAUGCCAGUCGUUAACUUGCAGAAAAAAUGAUUGCUCAUACUUUUCCCUGGUAUUUUAGCUUUAUGACAUGUUCACAAAAGUAAUUUACCACAAGGCACUGUUUUUUUUUUUUUAAUUUUGUACAGCUGCAAUCUUAUGAUAUUAAUGCAUUUAGAGCAUAUUAUUUAUAAAUCAUUAUCUAAACGUAGUGUGGGUAUACUGUAUCUGACAAAUUCAUAGUGAGCAAAAAGCAAAAUUAUUUUCAGUGCUUUUGAAGAAACGAUACAAAUAAGGAAUUGAGAUGUAAAUUUUAAAAUAGAAUAUGUAGUCUUUUUCACAACAGUAAAAACAAGUUAAAUGUUUUGCAGACCCAGCUGUUUUUUAUAUCAAUAGAAAAAAUGAACACCAA